GAUUGGUGGAUAUCAUAGAUAGUAGGGAUCAUGUGCCUUUUUGUAUUCUACCUUAUUACUCCCAAAAAGAAAGAGCUGUGUUAUAGAAAACAUAUCAAACAACCCUAAAAUUCAGGAAAAUGCUGCAAAGAAAAAGGCUUAAAAUGACCUGGAAUUACAUCCUGGAAAACCUGGAAGUUUAGAGACACUUGGAAAUUGAUUAAAAUAACCAAAUAACCUGGAAAUAAUCUACGUUGUCCUGGAAAAUUGUGUGUGUGUGUGUACAGUUAGAGGAAAACUAGUUGAAUUAGGAAACAGGAGUGUCUUUAAACCGGUGUUUCCCAACCUUUUAUCUGACUGUCCUGUAUCGUCACGGAUAAAGUGAACGUUAAAAAGCUCAGAAAUGAUAUUCAUUGUUACUCCGUGAGAAGAACUGAACCACAUGUGAUCCAGUGUGAGAGACUGGGGGAUGAAAAGCACUUCUUUUUACGGAGGUGAAGGUGAAAACGGGGUAAAUCUUCUCCCUGUUUGCAGCACAUUUAAACCUGGGGGGCAGAUGAGUGAGUUCUUGCCCUUCCUCUGCCUCUGUUUUCAGCUCUUUUCUUCCUUCCCAUCCGGUUUUCCCCGGUUUCAUCCACCUCCCCUCCCUCCCUCUCUCCCUCUCUCCCUCCCUCUCUCUGUUGUUGCUGGUAUAUUUUAUGCAAACACGUGUCAGCUGAUCCGCAGGUGGGGGCGUUACCGGCAACGUCACCCAGACAGCCUCCCUCUCGACCAAUCAGCGGCCUCCCUCUCGGGUCGACGCUGCAUAAAUUAUGCGGGUCUUCUCUCCCUGGAGCUGCAGCGGUUGUUUUUUAUAUAUAUAUCUAUCUAUCUGUCGAGGAGAGAGAGGAGGACUGGUGUGUGUAGCAGCGACAUGAGCUGACCUUGGAUGUAUUGUGUUCGGUUGUUCGGUGCAGGACUCUUUACCGGAGGCAGGAUCGCAGUGUGGAUGAGGCUGAGCGGACUGUGAAAAUACCCCCAAACACUUUAAACCAAACAUGGCCAGCGUGAAUUCGUCGUGCUACACCGUGGCUAUGGAUCUGGGAGUGUGCCAGCUGAGGAAUCUCUCCAUAUCGUUUCUGUCGUCGUUACUGAGCGCGGAGAGCUCGCACGUCCAGAUCGAUAAUAGUUCGUCGGGAGCCAGCGUUGUGGCCAUUGACAACAAGAUUGAACAAGCAAUGGACCUGGUGAAGAGUCACCUGAUGUACGCCGUGCGCGAGGAGGUGGAGGUGCUGAAGGAGCAGAUCAAAGAGCUGAUCGAGCGCAACACUCAGCUGGAGCAGGAGAACACGCUGCUGAAGACGCUGGCCAGCCCGGAGCAGAUGGCCCAGUUCCAGGCCCAGGUUCAGACCGGCUCCCCGCCCGCCCCCCCGACAGCCGCCACACAAUGGGCCUUCCCGGCGCGCCACCCUCCGUCCAGCCCACCUCGCACUAGCUUCCCCGGUCUCUUCGGCGUUUAA